AAGAAAGCAAAAAACUAAGUCGGCAAAGUGUAUGUUAGAUAGAUAAAACCCUAAACUCACAAUUCACAAACACAAUUCUCACACAAAAUAAUGGCUGGUCAAAGAACAUCCUACGGCAACAAACGUUCACACUCACACAACAGCGUUGAUGACAACAGAACCAACAACAAACGCCGUAACCCUAACACCGACGAAACCACUCCAAGAGACACAUUUCACAUAACCCAAGACGACACCGUUUACCGUUACCUUUGUCCUGUGCGCAAAAUCGGCAGCAUCAUUGGCCGCGGCGGCGAGAUCGUGAAACAACUCCGUCUUGAUACAAAGGCGAAGAUCCGAAUUGGUGAAACUGUUCCUGGUUGUGAUGAGCGUGUUGUUACGGUUUAUAGUGUUUCUGAUGAAUCAAAUGAUUUUGAAGAUUCUGGUGAGUUUAUGUGUCCUGCUAUGGAUGCGCUUGUCAGGAUUCAUCAGAAGGUCAUUGCUGAGGAUUUGCGUGGUGUUGAGGAUGAAGAUGUUGAUAUGGAGAAGGUGGAUGGAGGGGAUUUGGUUACCGCGAAAUUGCUCGUGGCUUCUGAUCAGAUUGGGUGUGUGAUUGGGAAAGGUGGGCAGAUUGUUCAGAAUAUAAGAAGUGAGACUGGUGCACAGAUUAGGAUUCUUAAGGAUGAUCGGUUGCCGCUUUGUGCUUUGAAUUCUGAUGAGCUUGUUCAGAUUUCUGGUGAGAUUGCUGUUGUGAAGAAGGCUUUGAUUCAGGUUGCGGCUCGGCUUCAUGACAACCCUUCACGUACUCAACAUUUGCUUACUUCUGCAGUUCCUGGGGUGUAUGCGGCUAGUGGUUCAAUGGUGGGUUCUCAUGGUGGGGCUCCAAUUAUGGGAAUGGCUCCGAUUGGUGGUGGUUAUGGGGGGUAUAAAGGUGAUGUUGUAGACUAUCCGCGGUCCAUGUAUCCGGGUUCAAGGGAUGAAGGUUCUGUGAAGGAGUUUUCAGUCCGAUUUGUUUGUCCAACUGCUAACAUUGGAGGUGUUAUUGGUAAGGGCGGUGGUAUAAUAAAUCAAAUUAGGCAAGAUUCUGGAGCGAAUAUCAAGGUUGAUAGUUCGGCAACUGAAGGAGAUGACUGCUUAAUAGCCAUUUCGGCGAGAGAGCUCUUUGAGGAUCCAUUCUCUGCAACAAUAGAAGCAGCUGUGCUUUUGCAACCCCGGUGCAGUGAGAAAGUUGAAAGAGAUUCUGGUAUUCUCUCUUUCACUAGCCGGUUACUUGUGUCAAGCUCUCGAAUUGGUUGCCUUAUUGGUAAAGGAGGAUCAAUCAUUACUGAAAUGAGAAGGCUUACAAAAGCUAACAUCCGCAUCCUAUCUAAGGAGGAUCUCCCUAAAAUUGCAACUGAAGAUGAUGAAAUGGUGCAGAUUUCGGGGGAACUAGAUAUUGCCAAGGACGCUCUUCUGCAAGUACUUACCCGGCUGAGAGCAAAUCUUUUUGAUAAGGAGCGUUCUGUCUCAUCAUUACUUCCACCAGUACUUGCAUAUCUUCCUGCUUCGCCAGAAGGACCAGAUAGUUUCAGCUAUGAAGGUAGAGAUGGAAGACGACAUGGACGUGGUGGCUAUUCUUAUUCUGAUGGCUAUGGAGGCUCAAGUGAUUUUGUAUCUGGCGACGGUUAUGGAAACUAUGGAAGUUCACAGCUUGGUCGAGGUGGUCCUUAUGGAGCUUAUGGAAGUUAUGCUGCGGAACGGACUAGUACUUCUGGAUUGUCUGAUAGAUUGUCCGACAGAUUGUCUGGUCAGCAUGGUGUUUCUCGGAGGAGAAACCAUGGUUACUAAAACCUUGGUGGGUCCCUGCAGCUGAGUUAUGUGAAGCCCUGAAGCCUACUGCCUAAACUGGAAGACGAGAUGAACCACGGUUUGACAAACUCACUACUGCCCACCUUGCUAGUGACUGACAAAUUCAUGGCCAACCUUGAUGCCUCUAUCUAGGGGACCAAACAUGUGGAGACUAUUGAAUUUUACCAUGUCCAUUUUACCUUACUUCCUAAGCUUGCGAACAUGUGCUCCCAAGAACCUAUAAAAAUAGCUUUCCUUGAUGGCUGUUUUUUUUUAUUCCGGUUGUCUUUAGAUCUAAAACACCAUGUGGCUAUGUUCCUUUGCCAGUUGUAUACCUGUACUAUCUUUGUUUUGUUGUGUUUUCCUGGUAGUUCAUGGUUACUUGCAGUUUGAACUUCUUUAUUUCUUUGAAUAAUAUAAUGAUAUUGGUAUCUAAUAAGUUGACCUGUUUUA